AUGGAGAGUGAAAGCUUCACACCGCGGCGACGCCUCUCCAUCGGACAGCGCGACGAGCUCCGAGACCAGGCCCAGCUCAGGCAGCUCCAAGACUCCAUCGCCAGACUGACGGCCGAGAAAGAGAGCGCCGAAAGAGAAGCUGGCAGGGCGAUGCAGCAGAUACAAGAUUUGAAACAUUUGCUCAACUCUGACAUGGAGGAGAUUGCCAAGGACGCGGACUCCCUUGGCCAAGAGCUGAGCAGGCUCAAGGAGGAGAAUCGCCUAUUGCGAGAGGAAUUAAACGAUGCGCAGUCGCACAUCUUUAGUCUCCAGCCGUAUCGCAAGGACCUUACGCCAGAGGAAGUAGGACGGCAAUACGACGACCUCAUUGAACAAGUCCAAGAUUGGGUUCAGAAAUUCAUGGAACCCUGGUUGGAUGACUACGAAGCAGGAAUCGAGGCUCUUGCCACCAGCGUUAGGAAGCAGUCUGGAGAAGCGUCCAAGUUUAAGAAAGCUCUGCACAAGCAUCCAGAUUUAGUCCACGCCUGCCUGUUUCCCGAGACGGAUGAAGACAUCAUUGCUGGCAUUAUUAUGCGAUUUCUCAACGAUCACAUCUUCCAAAAGGUCCUUUACGGCUCUGCACAGAACUACACCGAGAUGGUGAGCUUUAUCGAGACGCAGAUGCAGACUUCGGUCGAGCCAAAGAGAGACUUGUUUGCAGUUCGCACAUGGACUGCCGAAAGCUACAGCGCCCUGAUGAGCGCGCCGCAGUUUAAAUCGGUGCGCACGCGGCGCAGCAGGGACCUGACACUGGAUCUUGCAGAUAUCCUUCGCAUCUUUUGCAAAAAAGACAAGUUCCAGUGGUUUUGUCAGAAUAUGGAGGAGAACUGCGUCAAGCCCGCCAUGGCGCUCUACGAAAAGAUCCAGGUAUCUACGCACCACUUCUAUCUCGACAUCCAGCCGUACAUCUCGUGGAGCGGCUCUCGGUUUGCCCUCUCGCCAGAGUUUGUCGAAAACGUUGACAAGCUUGACUGCCGAAACAUUCUACAGAGCAGGAAGGCCUUCAACAUGGCCAAGCUUGAUCCUCGACCUUCAAAGAAGGAUCUCUACCUGGAUCUAUUCAACGUUUGCACCGUUGUCCCAGCUCUGUACAUCCGCCAGAUUGGGCAGCGUGAUGCCAUCAAGGCCCCGUCGAUCGUACGCAAGCAGCAGAUGCUGGUGGCCUGGGGCCCUGAGGACAAGAGAGACAAGUUUGUAGAAGACGGCGACCCGUCACUUGUCGCUUACCUCUGCUUCCCAAAGUCACGGAAGAAAGGAGAAGGGUGGCUGGGUUGA